AUGUCCCGCUACCUGCGUCCUCCCAACAUGUCUCUGUUCGUCAGGAACGUGGCGGACGACACCAGGUCUGAAGAUUUACGGCGGGAAUUUGGUCGUUAUGGUCCUAUAGUUGAUGUGUAUGUUCCACUUGAUUUCUACACUCGACGUCCAAGAGGAUUUGCUUAUGUUCAAUUUGAGGAUGUUCGUGAUGCUGAAGAUGCUUUACAUAAUUUGGACAGAAAAUGGAUUUGUGGGCGUCAAAUUGAAAUACAGUUCGCACAAGGAGAUCGGAAGACACCAAAUCAAAUGAAAGCCAAGGAAGGAAGGAAUGUGUACAGUUCCUCUCGCUAUGAUGAUUAUGACAGAUACAGACGUUCUAGAAGCCGAAGUUAUGAAAGGAGGAGAUCAAGGAGUCGUUCUUUUGAUUACAACUAUAGGAGAUCUUAUAGUCCUAGAAAUAGACCGACUGGAAGACCACGGCGUAGCAGAAGCCAUUCCGACAAUGAUAGACCAAACUGCAGCUGGAAUACCCAGUACAGUUCUGCUUACUACACUUCAAGAAAGAUCUGAAAGCGGAAAAAGAACCAAAGAAGGGCAGUUCAAGCGACCAAAGGGUGGGUGGAAGGUGCUGCAGUAUGAAUACUGUACGAAUAUUUUGACUGGUCUGAAAAGAUAAAAGAACUUUCGAAAACUACAUGGAAUAAUUGAAGUCCCUUCAAGUUUGAAAGUAAGCAUUUUAGGACAAAUAAAAGGAAAUUCAACUUUGUACUUGUGGAAACUAAUCCCUAAAUAUGAACAGGUUUACUCAUGGGCAACAGAUCCAUGAUAAGUUAUUGGAAAGUAGGAUGUCUGAAUAUCAAGGAAGACAGCCAUAGUCUCUAAACAGUGCCUCUAUUGGUUGUCUCAAACUGAAUUGGAUGGGAAAAGAUAACAGUCCGAUAUAAACUUUUUCUUGGUUAUCCCUUAAAAGUCAAUUCCAUUUAUGCCAGUAUUGGCAGGUCUUGCCUUUGUUUAUUCUGGUGCCAGUAUUUCCUGCCUGUUUGUUUUGUUGGCAUCUGAAUUGUACACCAUAUGCAGUUUACAUCUUCUUUAACCACUCUUUCCCAGGUUAAUUCCACUUCUACUUGAUAUCCGGCUGAGAGGGCCCAUCUCUUCUCACCUUUUUCCUAGACAGUAUGCUCAACAAAUAUUUAUUGAGCCCUUAUUCUGGGCAAAACAUUGUAUUGGAUAAUUGGAGAGAGUACAUAAUCCUUCAUGCAGUAAUUGUCUACCAAGCACAAUCUAGUCAAUCAUUAGAAUAUGGCCUCAUUGUUUUGUUUGAGGUAUUAUAACAAUAUUUCACAUCAUUCAUAUCCUAAUUUUU